CGAUAUCAUCGGACUGAUUCUCCUUCUCUUGUUCCCAUCCCAGGCAUUCUCCUUUCACAAGGAAGAACGCCUUCUGGAAAUGGAGAAACUGGAGCUCCCUUCAACCCGAUUCCACUUCCCUCCCGGUUUCAGGUUCCACCCAUCAGAUGAAGAGCUCAUCAUUCACUACCUGCAGAACAAAGUGACUUCACACCCACUUCCAGCAACGGUGAUCGCUGAAAUUGACCUGUAUAAGUAUAACCCGUGGGAGCUGCCUCGUCUGUUCUUAAACCCAUUCACUCUCCCUCUCUUUUACAUUCCAUAUAUUCCUUUCAUUUUCCAUAUCCAUUCGACAAGUUUGCUAAAUACUCCUUUGUUUAUGUGUGCAGAGAAAGCUCUGUUCGGGGAGGAUGAGUGGUAUUUCUUCAGUCCAAGAGACAGGAAGUAUCCUAAUGGGGCGAGGCCGAACAGGGCAGCAGCCUCGGGUUAUUGGAAAGCUACUGGAACUGACAAGCCAAUACUUGCAUUUGGUGGAUCAAAGAGCAUAGGGGUGAAGAAAUCUCUUGUCUUCUACACGGGUCGGCCUCCUAAGGGGGUCAAGACGGACUGGACUAUGAGCGAGUACAGACUGCCCGAUGCUGCCAUCAAACUGCCGAGAUUGAAAGGUUCCAUGAGAUUGGACGACUGGGUCUUAUGCCGAGUGCGACGGAAAGUUAACAUUCCAAAAUACGCAGACGACCAGGAGAAACAAAGCUCCGAGCCUGUGUGGUACUCACAGUCACCGAAGGUUGAGAUUGCACGCCCCAUGUCCAAAUACAGCACCAGCAUGAACAUGGACCAUCUGUACGGAGAUUGCCAAGCGAUUGCUUCUUUACUUGCCGGUCAAUCCCUGCCUGCCAUGGAAAACAUUCGCAGCAUAAGCUUUCAGGGAUCUAACAAUUCUCCCGGUGCAGUUCCCAACAUUUACGAUCAAGUCAACACGUUGAAGAGGACAUCUGUGGAGGAUGAUGUGACGGGAGACCUUAUUCAGCCGCAAAAGAAGCAGAAGGAAGACAUCACGGAUGAAGAUCUGCUUCUCGGCACGCUAGAGACAAACCAAUACAAUGAACGCCGGAAUCAGGACGACUUGUUCAAUUUGCAGGUGUCAGACUGCAUGAUUGAUUUCCCGGAGCUCAAUGACUGGGCUUUGAAGCAUCUGCUCACAGCCCUGCCGUAAGGCAUUACGUAUGGUACAAAGGGAUAAAACCCGAAUGGAAAGGUGGUAACAGCCGCGACUUAUACGUUGGUGAUUCCUUUCCCGGAAGUUUCCGUUCCUUCGUGUACCACAAUUAGCAAACUCGGAAGGGGAAAUUAAACAGCUAUACAGAAUAAGACGUAGAAAGCGCAGCAAAUACAGGAUAUCAUCAGUUCUUCUGCUAGCUAGAUGAACCCUGUAGUUACUAAUAAUUGGAUGCAUGAAUAUCCAUGAAUGUAAAUUUCCUUAACCCUUUGAGCACCGAUUCCGUCGAUAAUCUCCAUGGCUCUUUAAAAAGUCACAGUUGUGUACAACAAGGUAUAACAUAAAAAACAAGAUCAAAUAUGUAACCGAAAAAAAAAAUA